GUAUCAGAGCGGGUUUAGAACCUAAUAUUUUUCGCUUCACCGGCGGGCGACAACCUCACCUUAGCCGUCCGCCGGACCUCCACCUAGUCCGCUAGAAUUUUCUACACAUACCUUGAAAUUUCUUCGAGUCCACCACCUUCACUGCCCCUCCUCUCACUGUUGUCCUCCCAUACACCACCGUCUCGGUCGUCUUCAUCUACCACCACUGUUGACCUUAACCCUCUCUAAAAUCCUGAACCCUGCUAUCCUAACCACUCUGUGCUGUGCUCUUUCAAGUGGGAUUUUCAAGAACAAAUCGAUUAAGAAGAUGACUGUUGAGAAAGAAGACUUGGGUUUGAGUCUGAGCUUGAGCUUUCCUGAGAAUCGAAGCUCACUACAGUUGAAUCUCAUGCCGCCUUCUUCUCCCUUUCCCUCCGCACCUUUCAAUCCUCAGAAGAUGACUUCAUGGAACGAUAACUUUCCUUCCUUCGAUCGAAACUCGGAGACUUGCAGAGUCGAGACGAGAUCGUUGCUGAAAGGAAUCGACGUGAAUCGAGUUCCUUCGACGAUCGAUUGCGAGGAAGAAGCUGGAGUUUCGUCUCCGAACAGCACAAUCUCGAGUAUCAGCGGGAAGAGAAGCGAGAGAGAGGAGCCCAACGGAGAGGAUCUCGAUCUCUAUCUCGAGAGAGCUUCAUCUCGAGGAAUCAGCGACAAAGAAGACGGUGAUACCUCCAGGAAGAAGCUUCGUCUCUCCAAAGACCUGAAAUGGGACUACAGAGGACAGAGGAAGAUCCUCCCCCUCGGUCAGUGGCUCCCCAAGAUCGCCGUCGAUGCCUAUGUUGCCCCCAACGUCGUGCUCGCCGGCCAGGUCACCAUCUGCGAUGGAGCCUCCGUUUGGAAUGGAUCGGUCCUUCGAGGCGAUCUCAACAAGAUCACUGUUGGCUUCUGUUCCAAUGUGCAGGAGAGGUGCGUCGUCCACGCAGCUUGGUCUUCUCCCACAGGACUGCCCGCAGAGAUAUUGAUUGAAAGGUUUGUGACAAUUGGUGCUUAUAGUCUUUUGCGGUCUUGCACAAUUGAGCCAGAGUGCAUCAUUGGGCAGCAUUCAAUCCCACAUGGGUUGGUUCCCACUUUUCAUCCACUUUCUUUUCUUUUCUUUUUUUUAUAUCACCCACUCCCUCUUUUUUAUCACCCACGGGACUACUCCUAUGAACCACCUACUAUUUCUUCAAAUAAUUUAUCAUUUUUUCCACCCCAAACCUCAUCAUCAUAUAUUCUAUCUAUAUUUUAAUAUGUCAACAUAUACAUAUAAAUACAUUGAAUUCAAUUUCUUUUCUUUUUU